AUGAAACUUAUCGCAUUACCUUCUUGUGUCCAUCUAAUCAGUCUUCUUCACACAUCAAUCAAUUAUUUACUUGUGGGCGGACUUCAUACUAGACGAGAAAGAAGAAUGGCAUCUGUAUUGGCACGUUCGGUCGCUUUGGCAGUACUGGCAUUAACAUUUUGGUGUAUGCUUUUCCCAGUUUGCGCACGCCAUGGCCAUGGUCAUUUCCACGCGAAGCAGCAGUGGCAAGAUGCCCACGCCACUUUCUAUGGAGGCUACGAUGAGUCUGGAACUAUGGGAGGUGCGUGUGGGUACGGCAACCUGCCCGCGCAAGGGUACGGCAUAUACACGGCUGCUCUGAGCACCGCACUGUUCAAUGAUGGGCUGAGCUGCGGAGGAUGUUACGAAUUGCAAUGCAAGGGGGAGGAGGAUCCGCAGUGGUGUCUGCCAGGGAAGACAGUCAUCGUCACCGCCACCAACUUCUGCCCGCCCAACUUUGCCCAGGCCAACGAUACGGGCGGGUGGUGCAAUCCUCCUCACUUUGCCCAGGCCAACGGUGCGGGCGGGUGGUGCAAUCCUCCUCUCUCACACUUCGAUUUGGCGGUGCCUGCGUUCGAGCAGAUUGCGUUAUACAAGGGCGGCGUUGUACCCGUCCGCUACAGGCGGGUGGAAUGCGUGAAGAAGGGAGGAAUGAGGUUUACCAUAUUGGGGUCGCAGUAUUACCAGAUGGUGCUGGUCACCAAUGUUGGAGGAGCCGGAGACGUGGUGGCCGUUAACGUGAAGGCCAAGCACCCGCAAAUCCCUGGUAAUUCCGGCUGGCAAAGUCUGAAGCGGAAUUGGGGCCAAAAUUGGCAGAGCCAUUUGAACAUGAUGGGGCAGACGUUGUCUUUCAGAGUGACCACCAGCGAUGGGAGGAGCGUCAUUUCCCGCGGGGUGGUUCCCAACUCGUGGCAGUUCGGCCAGACUUUCGAGGGACGACAAUUCUAA